AUUAUUUGUGCUUGGCAGCUUCCUGUUUCAUUUUUCUAUUUUUUCUUCAGACAUUCCGUGUGCAGGGUCCAACCAGCUGUUCGGCCCAAGAUUCGGUGACGGGAGGCGAUUGGGUGUCCAGGACUCUUCGGUAUGGCACGAAGGGGUGGUCCUCCGCGCAAGAAGCUCACGUACGACAAACCUGGACUCACAGAGGAUGAGAUAGAUGAAAUCAGAGAAGCCUUCAACCUGUUCGACACGGAUGGUUCUGGCACAAUCGACCCGGGCGAGCUAAAGGCCGCCAUGAGAUCUCUGGGCUUCGAGACAAAGAAUCCCACCAUCUUCCAGAUGAUCGCAGACCUGGAUCAAGAUGGGUCGACAAUUGGCUUUGAAGACUUCCUUGAUGCGAUUACAGCAAAACUAGGCGACAAAGAGUCGCGGGACGGCAUCCACAAAAUCUUUAGCCUGUUUGAUGACGACAAAACAGGGACGAUCAGCCUGAAGAAUCUCAAGAGAGUUUCCAAGGAAUUGGGUGAAACCAUGACUGAGGAGGAGCUCCGCGAAAUGAUCGAACGAGCUGAUAGCAAUGGAGAUGGCCAAAUCACUCCUGAGGACUUCUACAACAUCAUGACAAAGAAGACCUUUCCGUAGAGCUUUCCUGAGUGGAUCUGCAGUCAGAGCCCGCCUCAGGAUCAGCAAAAGCAUAUCCGGUGGGUCCUGUACUGUAAAGAAAUGUUUGUGGCGGCAAUGUGUCAAGAGGAAGUUACUAGGAACCAGUGUUUUCAUGUGGAUGUAGACUGUUGAAAGUGUUGAUCACACAUAC